UUUAAGGGAUUUUCUCAUUUCUUCUUUGAGGGUCUCUAUCAUCUUCAUAAAGUUGUUUUUAAGGUCAUUUACUUCUCCUUCAUCUAUGUUGGUAUGUUCAAGUCUUGUUUGUAUAGAGUCCUUGGAUUCCGGUGGUGUAAUAUUGGUCUUUCUAUUGUUGAAUGUAUUCUUAUACUGCCAUCUUCCCAUCCCUUCUUCCAAUGGGUGCAGGUGGGGUCUCUCUCUCCUCUCACCUCCUAGUGGGUGUAGGUGGGACAAUCCUUCGAUGUCAGCAACUCUGAAUGGUCCAAGCUCUCUUGAAGUUCUUAAGUAGAGUGUGUAGGGGCACCAAGACUCAAGCAGAGAGAGUAGGAGUGCUAAGACUGCAAUGAGGUUAUGAUCCAGAUGGUCUGGCACUCUGGGGUGGGUCCACUACCCUCAGAGCCCACCCAGGAAGUUCCAAGGAGAGGAUGGGGGGAGUUGGGCCAUAGUGCUUCCCACACUCACCUCAAGCAGAGGGUGUAUGGGGCCCAAGACUGUGAUGAGGGCAGGCUCCAGAUGGUUCUGUGUGCUGGGGCAAGACCACUACAUGCAGAGCCAGCUCAGGAAGUUCCUAGGACAGGACUAAGGGAGUUGGGUCUGAGCAGGCCCUACCCUCACCUCAAGCAGAGAGCGAUGAUCUGAAUAUUUUACAAUAGUACAAUAUACAAAAUCACUGGGCACCUACAUCAUGCAACAGCAUUAAUAUCUCAUAUUCCAAACACAUGUUGUACCCUGGGCUGGGUAUCAGUGAUGGUUGAACUUCUGAAUAUCUAUGACACCAUAAUAUCAUGGGCAAUCUAAAUAAUGAAGUGCUCAUAGAGGUUUCCAUAUGAGGAACCUGAAUUAUGACAUGGGAGUGUUCGAGCUGGCAUGGGAAGUGAGUGACAUAUAGACAUUAAAGAGCUAUUAUUCCCAUCAAGAAGAAUUCUGCCCCCUCCAAACAUAAACAGUGAGGAAGCAAGGACAACUCUGAAGGUUGUUCUGUAGACAUGGAAGUCGAUGGUGAUAUGAAGGAAAUUGGGCAUCUCAUACAGGGGCUGCUCCUCAGAGGAAACCCACACCCAGAAGCAAGAGAACUGAUGAGGGAUGUCCUUCUAUGUGCUGCGAAUAUGUGUUGCUUUCAUUGGAUGAUGAAUAAUGCUGAUUUGGCCAAUGGCCAGGCAUAAUAAAGCCAAGUGAGAAAUUCAAACAGAGAUAGGGAGAGACAGAGAGUGGAGUCAGGAAGGUGCCAGGUAGCCACCGGGGAAGCCAGAUGUGGGGCCACAAGCCACAAGCUUCAUGGUAAAAUACAGAAUAGAAGAAGUAGGUUAAUUUAAUUGUGAGAGCUAGUUAGAAAUAUGCCUGAUUCAUUGGCCAGACAAUUAAAUUAAUGUUAAGCUUCUGGGGGGUUAGUUUGCGAAGAAAAGACCUCCAUUCACCAAGAACAGCUGUGUUUCCUCUCCCAUCUCCAAGUGUUCUCUUCUCUGCCCACCCCCAAGGAUAAGCCUCCACGCGAGAUGUAGUCAGGAGCUCACUGUUUUUUUGCUGUAGAUUUCUGCCCUACAUCAUUAACCUGGGUAUUUAUGAAGUAUCCCAGGCUGGUUAGCAGAAUGUCCGUGGUGAUAACCUCACAGUGGUGUCCAUGCGAAUACAUGGAGUGCUCGAAGGAAACUAUAUGGCGCAGCUGCAAAGGGGAAGCGCCUGCCCUCAGGCCUCCUCAACCGGAAGGGGCCAGGAAAGGAAGGGAGCCACUAGUUCUGUCAUCUGCUGCCUUUUGACCCUCGCUGCAUUGAGGACACAUCAGGUAGAUAUUUUUCACCAAACUGAUGGGUGGUGCUUGGCCCCAAAGACCCGAACACCUUGUCUAUGUUGUCUGUUCCUAAGCACGGUUGGAGCUCCUGGGAAGAGAUACCAUGAUCUUCACGUCCACAGCCAUGCUGUGUCUGGGACUGACUGUGGGGUUCACUUCUCCAGCGCUGGCAGGAGACCCCUACAGCAAACCUAGAUUGUCAGUCUUGGACAGCCCUGUUGUGAAUUCAGGAGAUUAUGUGACCCUUCAGUGUAUCUCAUGGCAGAGAUAUGAUGGGUUUAUUUUGACCAAAGAAGGAGACCCCAUGUUCUCCAGAACCCUGGAGUCACAGUAUAUUUUCACUGGGCAUUUGCAAGCUAUGUUUUCUGUGGGUCCCAUGACCCCCAGCAACAGGGGGACAUUCAAAUGCUACGGCUACUACAAAAGAGAUCCACAGAAGUGGUCCAUCCCAAGUGACCCCCUGGAAAUACACGUAUCAGGAGCGCCUGAGAUGACCAGCUCAUCAGAAGUCAAGAUAGAUUCACAACCCCAGAAUCAUAAGGUGGACAACCUCAUCCGGAUAACCAUGGUUGGCUUGGUCUUCCUGGUUUUUGGCAUUCUGCUUCUAAAGACUUGGCACAGCCAGAGAUGGAUCUUAUAUGCUCCUGGGAGAUAAACAGAAGAGACAGCAGCACCUGUCUUUGUGGCUGAUUCUGAAAAAUGUAUCUGAGGAUUCAAAAGGUUUCUGUAAGAAAAUCUGGGGUUUAUGUUGGAAACUGUUUUCAGUAUUGUUCAGGGAGCAAGUGUGUUUUGGGUCCAGGGAGAGCUCUGGAUGCUGUGGGAUGAUCUUUGUGUGUGCUAUGAAUAUGUAUUCCUUUCAUUUGUUAAUAAUAAAAGCUGCUUGACCAAUAGCCAGGCAGGAUAAGUUGAGGUGGAACAAUCAAACUGAGAACUCAGAUGAGGAGGGGUGGAGUUGAGAGAGAUGUCAUACAGUCAUAGAGCAAGCAGGGCAUGAUGUAGAAAAUGAGGCCACAAGCUUUGAGCCAUGCAGCAAAUCAUAUAUAAAAACAUGGGUUAAUUUAAAUGUAAGAGUUUGCUUGUAAUAAGCCUGAGCCAUUGGUCAAGAAUUAAUAAUUAAAACAAGUCUCUGAGCGAUUAUUUACAAGUGGCUGCAGGACUGAGGGGAAUAGACAAACUUCAGUUUACACCUGAGUGUUGGGGUACAGAGAUUUCCCUCUCCAAGAUUAAAUUUUUCUUUACCAUGUUGUGGUCUUUGGUGAGUGAUGCCUCCUCUCUUCUGACUACAUGACACAGGGAAAAUUCUGUCCUAAAAUUUGGUUGGGUCCUUACCUUCAUGUAUCUUUUAAUUUUUUUCAUUUUAAUGUAAUAUUUCCCUUAAUUAUAAAUCAUCACAUUCCCCGUUUUCACUUUGAAAUUCUGUCUUUUCUAGCAAGAACAAGGUAUUUGGUUCAAUAAAAAUAACCAUGAGCAUGAAUCAGAUUCUAGAAAUGAAAAUAACUGAAUAAAAACCAAGUUCUGUAACACACUCUGGGACCCACAGAACCUCUAAUCUUCACUACAUGCUCACUGUUUCUCCUAAAUUCUAAAGAUUUGCAAGCCAUUCAUGCACUGGUGUCUGAAGGAGUUCUCUGGUGGGGUACUGUUCACAUGGUUCUGUAAAUAUCAUUUUCUAAACAAGUUCUGACAUGCGAUAUUUUCUGAUUGCUGUAUAUAAUAUAACUUCUUCAUUGCCAGCUUUGUAAUAUACAUAUAAAACCAUGUGUGAGAAGUUUGGAAAUGACACAUGCCAUCGAUGUACUUUCAAUCAAAUUCAACUGUCAAUUUCUGCCACAUGCAAAAGCAAUUGACAUGUAAUGAAUAAACCUUGAAUAAUUUUGAUAUAA